GGCGGGCUUCGCGGCCCGGCGGCGGCUCGGGGCCGGGGGAAGGGCGGGCUGCCCCGGGCGCCGGGGGCCGUGGCACGGCGUAACCGCCGGGAGCCGAGCGCGCUGGCCGGGCGAGGGCUGCGCGAGGCUCUCUCCAUCUUCGGCCCGCGGGGCGGGGGAGGACGUGGUGUUUUUCCCCCCCCUCGGUGUUCUCAUUUUAACGCGACGAGUGAAAACCCGCGGUCCGGAGGGAACAGGGCCCGGCUGUUGACCUUCAGCGCGCUGCAGUGCCCAUCCGUAGGGUUAGCGCGGCGGGGCCGCGGCUGGAGCCUGCCGCUGGCGCAGGGGGCUGCCGGCCUCGCCGAUGCGAUCUGCAGGCCGUGCGAUAAAGCCGUGGUUUUUAAACAGCCGGAGUGGCUUUCUGCCGGCUGAACUCCUUGCAGCCGCGAGCUGGUGGCAAAAAAGCCCUAAGGUCAUUGGUAUCUGUGGGUUACUUAAGGUUUCCUGCUGCUUAUGAGACGCUGGCCUGCCCCAGCCUCCCAGAGAAUAACUUCUGGGUGGGAGGUAAAGUUUGUUGCAAUUUAUCUCCUGGAUUGAAAGGUUUUGUGCUUUGUCUGGCUGAUUUGCUCUGGGUUGUGUUAUUUUUGCAAACCAGGUUCUAAGUCCUGAAUCCAAAAUCUGUGCAUGACCGAAGGAUGUGAAUUAGCAGGGUAGAUGCUUAGGCAGUGUGAAUGGCACCGCUGGAUGCCAAACAGGGUAUGUAGGCCCUCUCUCUCCAUGAAUUCACCACGCUGUAUGGACUGCAGUUGGGCAUCCAAGUUCACCUUCCGUGCACAGCACUUUGCUGAUUGCCCAAGGCACAAAAGUACUCCUUUCUCCCUCCCUUUGGAUGGGACUGUGUUAGUGCUACACCUUGGGGACUUGCUGAAACAUUUGAGAACCAGAACCACUCUCUGAACCUACUUAAAGAGAAUCUCCGGUAUUUUAGAAUGGAAAAAGUCUGAGCUGGAGCUGCUGGGGAGUAAGAGAAUGAGGGUUGCUCCAGCAGUAUGCGUGUCCUGCUGAUGCAUGUCAUUUUUAGCAUCUCUGAUGACCUGUUUUUUUACUAGCUUGCUUGGUUUGUUAUUUAGCUUGUGAUACUGUUAGCUGUAUUGUAUGUAUAUGUAUGGUAAGCUUUCAGGAUUAAUAAGCUUUCAGGAUUUUGUUAGCCCCUGUAAUUUGGGGUUUUACUCCAAAUCUUUUUGUUCAGGACUGUUAUUUUUUCUCAUGUUUCUUUGCUGUGAGAGUUUCUGGAAUGUUUGGGAACUUUAACAACGGUGUAAAAUAACAAAGCAAAGCUGGUAGGUAGGGGCAUCAAGUCUGUGAGCAAGGCGAAAGCUACGUGCUCAUUUUCUGUACCCACUUCAAGGUGCCUGGAUCUGUUUCCAUUCUGUCUGAGCUUGCUGCAGUCUUAGUGGUCUGUUCUCAGUACACAGUUCUCUCUGACUUUACUUACAGAUAAAUGCUCAGACAGUGAGGUACAUCCUUGCUUGAAGAAGACAAAGGUUUGUGACUUAUGUAAAGGAGAGAAAUAGAGCUCAGCUCUCUGCAGUAUGAUUAAAUUGCUGAAAUCAUGGGACUGUGUUUUCUUUUUCUGUAGUGUGAUCCUUUCUGCCCACCUACAGCUUCUGUAACAAAUGCUGUAAGCAAUGUCAGAGGGAACGUUAUGCAGCUCUCCCUUACGUCUUUUGCUGUGCUUAUGGAAGAGAUGGGCGUCCUAGCGUGGACAAAAGCAACUUCUUGACCCCCAGAAAUCACAUGUGGGAACAAUGCUUUAUUGUGGUGUUUGGUGUGAGCAGGGUGGUGUGUAAACAGUGAGAGGAAUGAGGGAUUAAUGUGUUUCUCUCUGAACAACAUAUCUGAUUGAUGGUUGAAGAGUGAUGCAUAAAAAGCGAGUGGGUAGAGCAAGCCAAAGGAAUGAGAAACUGUGGAGGAAAUGUAGGAUGGUGCUGGAAGGCUGUCAAAACCUGAGAUUCACUGUCUGCUGGGAAGCGGGCAUGUUCCAGCCCGAAUGAAAACAGAGCUCAGUUUUGACCUAAAUUUCUGUGUGUGCAUAUAGGUUGGCGCUCAGUGUUUUUACUGCCCUUAGUUUUAGUGCUCUGUGCAGAUAGGAGUCGGAGCGUGUGGCGUGAAGGGGCAUCACUACUAACCCGACAACUCUGAAGGCAGAUCCAGAAGAACUGUUUACAAAACUGGAGAAAAUUGGUAAGGGCUCUUUUGGUGAAGUUUUUAAAGGAAUUGACAAUCGGACUCAGAAAGUGGUUGCUAUAAAAAUCAUUGACCUAGAAGAAGCAGAAGAUGAAAUAGAAGACAUCCAGCAGGAAAUCACAGUGCUGAGUCAGUGUGACAGUCCCUAUGUAACUAAAUAUUAUGGAUCCUAUUUAAAGGGACCUUUUGGCCAGCUUGCAUAAGGACUUGUGUUUAGAAGAGAACCUUUGGGCUCAUCUGUAUCUCCCUCCCCUCAAAGGGAUGGCAGCCCGAGGACAGCUAGCAUUCAUCCUGACGCCAAGAGACUUCAAAGGAGAGUUGAGAGUUGCUAGACUGCUUUUUAGUCUGUUGGAGGAUGUACAUUAUAAUAAAAAGGGCCCUAGCAAUAAAUGGGAAGUGUUAUAUUAUUUGGAGUCUCUGGAAUACAUGAAAUACUCGAAUUCAUGUCAAAGGAUACAAAGUUAUGGAUAAUAAUGGAAUAUCUGGGUGGAGGCUCUGCCCUCGAUCUAUUAGAACCUGGCUCACUUGAUGAAACCCAGAUCGCCACAAUACUGAGGGAGAUACUCAAAGGUCUUGAUUACCUACAUUCGGAAAAGAAAAUCCACAGAGAUAUUAAAGCGGCUAAUGUAUUGCUAUCUGAACAAGGAGAAGUCAAACUAGCAGAUUUUGGAGUAGCAGGACAACUAACAGAUACACAAAUAAAGAGGAAUACCUUUGUGGGAACACCAUUUUGGAUGGCACCUGAAGUAAUAAAGCAAUCUGCCUAUGAUUCAAAGGCAGAUAUCUGGUCAUUAGGCAUAACAGCCAUAGAACUUGCGAAAGGAGAGCCACCUCAUUCAGAAUUACAUCCAAUGAAAGUUUUGUUCCUCAUCCCUAAGAACAAUCCACCAACGCUGGAAGGAAACUUCAGUAAAUCCCUCAAAGAGUUUGUUGAAGCCUGCUUGAACAAGGACCCAAGCUUUAGACCUACUGCAAAGGAACUCUUAAAACACAAAUUCAUUUUACGAAACGCGAAGAAAACUUCCUACCUGACUGAGCUUAUUGAUAGACACAAGAGGUGGAAGUCUGAACAAAGUCACGAUGACUCCAGCUCAGAUGACUCAGAUACUGAACCAGAUGGCCAGGCUUCAGGUGGGAGUGACUCAGGAGAAUGGAUCUUCACAAUAAGAGAAAAAGAUCCCAAGAAUCUAGAGAAUGGAGCAGCCCAGCCUUUGGAGUUACAAAGAAAUAAGGAAAAGAACAUCCCCAAAAGGCCUCUAUCCCAAUGCCUGUCUACAGUUAUAUCCCCUUUAUUUGCAGAGUUGAAAGAGAAAAGUGAAGUGUGUGGUGGUAACACAGAUUCCAUAGAAGAACUGAAGAAGGCUAUUUAUUUAGCUGAAGAGGCUUGUCCAGGCAUCACAGAUAACAUGGUAUCUCACCUUGUGCAGAGGCUUCAGAGAUAUUCAUUAGCUGGAGGAAGUACUUCAUCCUACUAAAGUACUCUUCUUCUGAGACAACAGAGAUCCCAUGGUGUCUGCACUGAAGAAGUGAAUCCUGAUGUUGUUCUGCCCCUUAAUCACCGAAAUAUCCUCCGGUGAAAGGACAUUCUUCAACGUGCAAGAGUGACAGCGAAGUCUCUCAGAUGGAGGCAGUCUUUUUCAGCUCCUUAAAGCUAUAGUUUUUUUUAAUGAUAAUGCACAUAUUCCAGGGAGGUGUCUUUUUGUAAAAUCUGAGAUGUAUAUUUAGGUUUGUGAUAGAGAAAUUGAAGAUAUUGAGAAACCUCAGGUAUCUUGCUUUAAGAAUUCCACUGGGAGAUGAAAUAUGUUUGUUGGAAUUGUGUACAGAUAUGUAUAUAAUGUCUUUUUUUAACUGAAAGCCUUUCGACGUGCAUAAGGAAUCACUGUGUACAAAAUGGUAAAGUGCUUCUGUAGAUAAUGUUAGUGGGGUAAAUAUUUGACAGGCCAUAACUUGAGUAUUGCCUUGCCUUUAUUACAUGUAAAUCUUGAACCAUGUGAUAAGUGAAUCUUGGGUUGAUUUUUUUUGUAUGUGAAGGAUUUGCCAUUGGAAGAUAGGUAAUCCUGUACAAUGGACCCUUCUAUUCGUACCUCAGCAAAGACACAAUUUUGCUCUGUUUCUCUGGUAUUUCUUCCUUUUUAUCUAUUUUCAGAGUGUGAUUUUCCAAUUAUGGUACUACUUCUGGUUGUUUUAAAUUUAAUACACCUUCUCUCUCAAAGCUUUAAAUUUAAAUUGUUUUUCCUGUAGGAUGAGCUCUUUCAUGACUUCAGUUUUAAAUUGUGCCAAUGCAAGUUCUGAACCUUAUGUGUUCUUCAGUUUUAGUAAUAGGUAUUUGUGAAGCUUGUCGUGAAAUUCAGGUACAAUCUUUUUUUCCACCUAAAACAUGUUUGAAUGCUCACACAAAUAAAUUUUUAUUACUUGCAUUUAUUCUGAAAUAUUAAGGUGUUGGCUCUGAGACAGAGAGGCAAAUGUUUCUCCUUUAUGCCUGUUUUUAUCAUUUACAAUCAGUGUCUCACAGUGUAAAAGAAAAAUUAUCCAUCUAUUCAGUGUUGGGUCUUGCUGUCUAAAGCUGUGAAUUCCUUUACUGAUAGACGUUGGACACAGAGGCAGCAAAACUGAGUCAGGAGGGCUGUAUGCUGUCCUGUUACCUCCCAGAUAAAAGAAAAUUUGGAACUCUAAAAUUUCCAGUGUUAUCCUCUAGGAUAGCUGGCGUUAAGCUCAAAUUUCCUUGGAAAUAGUACCACCAGUUACACAGUUGAAUAGGUGGCUUAUUUUUUUUUUAACCUACCAAUAUGACAUUGAGUUUUGCCUUGGUUUGAUUCACCGAGGCUGUUCAGGUGCUUGUGAUUCUGUUUGCCUAGUUUUGAUGAGGGGAAAAAAAGAGGUGAUUUUAGGUUUUGGACAGUUAGGCAUCUUAUCUGUUUAAAUGUUUUAUUAUUAUUAUUUUUAAUAAAGAUACAAGCUUUGAAAGAAAGGAUUAAAGUAAGUAUGGGCAUAUUGACCUGGCUUCAUACAAAAAGAACCCAGUCUCUAGAACUACUCUGGGAGCUGGUGAGGGACUUGUCAGCACCAAGCUAGCCCUUACUGUAUGCAUAUUAGUAGCCUUAAUUAUUAAUGUAAUGAUUUAAUGGUGUUAGAAGAUGCUGCUAGGCUAACAGAGCUAUGAAACUUCUGAUUAAGUUGAAACAACUGUUAAAAGAAAUGGCUAUCUGUGCUCUCAUUCUUGUAGCCGUGUUCUUAGACACAAUACAUCUGCCAGCAUAACGAUGGCCUGGUUUUCCUUUCAGGCCAAGAUAAAUUGAACAAUGCAUACAUCUGAGCAAUGGUUUGUAGCUCUUCUUUGAUUGAGAUCAUUAUAUAUGUUGUUUUGUGUGCCCCUGAACAUGAAGGGUACACUUAUGCUUGAGGAGAUGAGUUCAGCUCUGUGAAAUGUGCAGCUGAAUACAGGGCAAUGGGAAAUGCAUCUUCUUGCAUCUCGAUGUUCAGCCACUUGGUAGAUACAUGCCAUUAUAGCAUAUGGAAAUAAAGUGUUGUAUUGACAUUCAAAAUAUAAAUAGAAAAAUGGAAGCAUGUUAAGUACUUAAGAUUGAAGUGAGCUUACUUGGAGAUGCAUGGUACUCAAGGAUUCAGCAGGGGUGUUAAAUCCAUGGUGGAAGUUCAAGAGUUUCUCAAUCAGAAAAUUGUACGAAGCUCUAUGAUACGCUCUUAUUUUUUUUAAGAAGUAAUAAAUGCAUAUAUUUUUAAGUUGCAUUUUUCUUGCAUUCCAGGAUUGUAUGUUGAGGAAGUACUUCUCCAUUUGAGUAGAUUGCGGUGGAGUUUGCUGGGUGGGUGUCCCAGCUGGCUGAGGAGCCUAAGGAAAGGGAGGCACGCAGCAAGGCCUGCUGCCCAAAGGGGGCAGGGCGUUUGGGUACAGAUGAGACCUUGUUUAUGGUACAGAUGUGUAUUUUUUUAUGUAAUAUAUAGAUUAUUUAAAUAUAACAUAUCUUAAACUGGGAUUCACUGAAAAAGUAUGCUGUAUCUUGAAUGUAAAAUUACAAUCAUUUGCUAUGACAAAGUAUCAAUGCUUUAAAAAUAGGGUCUGUAUUGGUAACAGAAGAGCUUUGUUUGAAAGAAGCGUGGCCUCAGUUUCUGGAGGAAAAAAUAGGUGUGCUGAUAUUCCUGAGAUGAUUGUCUCAUGCUAAAAACAUGUCUGUGUCACAACGUUGCACUGAUGAUUUCUCUGUGCGGGUAACACAUCUUCACUCGGUCUCGAAUAUCCUGGGCACCAACCUGUUAUCCCUGUUUAUGCAAACAUUUACAUUGGUGGAUCUGCUUACUUGUCAGGGACUUCAGGAUUAGGCAGUAAACAAACUCGCUGUUUAAAAGAAUAAAUAAAGUCGGUCGUUUGCACUGAA